GUUAGAUCUAUUUUAUGCCGUGGAAGGUAGAAGUGGGGACUCUGGCGAGGACAUUUCGUCCAGUUAUGGCGGAAAAUGUUUUCGUUCUACGAUAGAUACUGAUCCGCGUUUAUAUCGGUUUAUCGACUCGGCCGAUCGUUGACUUGACACGCAACGCUGAGUCCCAUUUAAAUCCUGGUGGAAGUCAUAUUUCGUAAUCAUGGAUACGCGUGGCAUCGAGGUCACGAAUCAACUUCGAAGCGCCAUUCGUGCCAAACUAAACGAACUAGGUGUGCGCUACGAUGAGGAACUACCAGACUACAUAUUGGUGAUGGUGGUCAACAAGAAAUCUCGUCAACAGAUGCACGAUGAUCUAAAUCUAUUCCUAGAAGACUGCACUACCACAUUUGUAGAUUGGUUGCACGAUCAAGUGUUGAAGAAACUGCAGAAAGUCACCGUAGCGAAGAAGAAAUCAUCUCGUGAGUUUGUACCUACAGUAGUGGUGAAGCAGGAGGAGGAGAGAAAAAAACGAAAGAUAUCCGCAACUUCGUUUCUGGAAGAUCAGACUGCGGAGCAGUCGGGUAUCGACAAGUCCUUGGAUAAAAAUGUGAAGAAUGAUAAACAACUACCUUUGUUGCAAAAGCAACAAACAAUAAAGCCUUCCGUAUCUAAUCAAAACUCGGAACAGAGUUGCAGCAAAAGCAUGGAAAAAAAUGCAAAGGGUGUACAAAGCAACAAAAAUAAAACGGACGAGGCAUUGACACAUAGCAGUGAAUCUUGUCAAGAAUCUGUUUCCUCGAAUAGACCGCAGCAGAGUUUGGCACGUGACGAAAACACGACGAAAGAGAGCACCGCGUUGGAAAAUUCUACCACGAAGAUCUCAGAUCAUGAGCAGAGACCGAGCGAGGCAGCGCCGGGUAAUAAAAGCUUGAAGAGAUCACUGGAGACGAGUAGUCGUCACGACAGCAUCGAGAAGAGAGAUAACGAGGUCAAGCGAUCGAAGCCUUCCGAGAAAGAGGAAAAGGAGGACGCAUCGUCAUCACCGGACACGGUUUCGAGGAAGCUCAAAUCCUGCGUGAACAAACCAAAGAUCACGUCGGUCGUAUCGGUGAAGAAUCGUUUAGGUGUAGUGUCGCCGCGGAAGAAGUUCGAAAAUUACAGGGAGAAGGAAGGCAACGGUCGCUCGCGUCCGUUGGAGAAGCGAUUCGAGAAGUCGCAUCGUUACGACAACGAUCGCAGCAAGAGCAGAAACUUUGAGAUGGACGAUCGAAAUUCGAGACGGAAUCGCGACGGCGAGUCCUCGCGUCAUCAUGAACAGAUGAAUAGGCUCAAUGAUGUAAGGAGUCGAAUAGAAAGCAACAAAAAUGAGAGACUGAAUAAAAACCUGACAGAGUCUAGAGAGAGAAUCCUGAAUCCUGGUUCGAAAACGGACAUAUCUGCCAGAAAGGCCAUGUGUACCGUUAAAGAUCGUCUAGGCAUUGCAAAUAUCAAUAAUAAAAUGCAGAAGCAAUCUAUAAAAUUGCAAGAGGCGGUGGAUUAUCGGAAUAACUCAAGGAGUUUGGAGCAGAUCGGUAACAAUACUAAGAAUAUCAAGGAUAGAUUAGGUCCGGUGAAAAACCAUUUCAGGCCGCAACAAUUGCAUAAAAGAAAGCAAUCUCGCGACAGUGAAGUCAACGAAUCCAUAACGCCUAUGAAUCCCGAAGAGGAACAGCAGGAGGAGGACGACGAAUUAGACAAUGAUCAAUCGUCCACUGGCCCCGUGAAGUCGCGCAUAGUCGCCGUGAACAGAUCUGCAUCCUCCGCUGUAGCAAAGACUGAGAGAAAACGCUCAAGAAUCACGAACGAAGUAUUGUUCAAUACAACUCAACAUUCCGGUUAUGGAGGCGCAAAGUUGCAGUCGGAUAAGAUGGAAAGAGGGGCAUCCAGCGAUGUAGAUGACGUAAACAUUGAAGAUACGAGGCUGCCAAGUAAAGUGAUUGUCACGCCAAGACCUUUGAAGCCGCUGCAACCGACGCAGAAACGUGCUACGCAGUCACUUCUGUUGAGAGCGGUCGCGGAAGCGAAUCAAUCCGUCGUCAAGCAAAAAAAUCCUGAACCGUCCCUGUUGGACAAGAAGCCGGUGUUAAAGCGUCUUAAGCCUACUCCAGCUCGUGAUGUAAGUCAAAACUUGUCGGUACAUUUUAAUUCUAAUAAGAGACUGGUCAUGGAAAAGAUUCAAGUCGAAUUAAACACGGUAGAUAAUCUGGAUACGGAAGACGUCGAACCUUAUGUACCUCAAGCAGUAACGGACGAGCAUAUGGGAGUUGUGAUGUCGUUGUUCCAAAGGAGUGACGACAAUCAGAAGUUUUUAGUCACUUUGAAUGGAUAUAACAACAAUCUCAUGAAAGAGAAGAUGGGCUCUGAGGAUGAUGAAGAACGACUAGAAAUGGAGGUGAACGAGGACGACGAGCUCGCCCUGUUGACGACGAAUAGUGAGACAUACACGGCGACGACAACAACAACAUCGGCACAGGCAUCGACGCCAAUCGAGUUGGAAGCAAGUGCGUUUAGAAUAACGACGGAUGGAACGGAGGAUGACACAGAAGACGUCAGUCUUCUUCUCUCCUCGAAAGAGGCGAGCGGACAGGAGAAUAAUGAAAACUGCAAUACGGAGAACAUGGAUAAGGCUGAUGAAGCGCCGCGAAAACGGAGAAAAUUGAGUCCAAUAGUAUACAACAGAUCUCAUUCGCCGAGUCCUACACGAUUGAAAUCUACCGCGUCAUUAUUGCCAACGGUAGUCGCAAAACUUACAGAUAAGAAAACGGAAAGCACAGGCAUAACUGUAUCAGAUAAAUCUAGAGAGAACUGUAGGUAUUGGCCAAAUUGUACGUUAGGAAACAAAUGCGCAUACCUUCAUCCUCCUGUUAUGUGCAGUGCCUUCCCAGCAUGCAAGUUUGGCGACAAGUGCGCCUACAAGCAUCCUAAGUGCAAGUUUGGUUUAUCUUGUACGAAAUUGGGCUGCGUGUUUUCUCAUCCAGCCCAACAGUGCAAGUACCAUCCGUUUUGCACGAAACCAGCGUGUCCGUACUCUCAUCCGGUUACUUCCAUUCCGGCAACGGAAGCGACGAAUCAGCGGGCAAAAUUUACUUGGCGGCGGCGAGAUUGAAUGAAUUGUCGCGAAUGUACAAAUUUGUCUUACAUCUACCGGGUAACAAUCAAGUUUCAGACCGCAAAAAAUUACUUUGUAUAAAUCGAUGAUAAGACAUACCUCACGCAAUUUUCAAUUUUGACGUGAGAUCAUAGCAGAAUUGAUUUCGUUAUUGAAGAAUGUAUCUGGAAAAAAGUAUGAAGCUUUAGUCAUGAUUUAUUAUAUUGUAUCACAGCUUGCUUUCUUCUGAUGAUUUGUAUUUAAUGAAAUAGAAAAAUCAUAAAAUCUUUUAAACAAAUUGAAUCAUUUAAUUUUAAUUAAGAUUAUAAUAAAUUAUUAAAGCUUUAAUUUGUAAUUUAAGAUGAUACAUAAAGUCGUUGAUUUACUUCCAUUUUAUCUAUUUUCAUAGACUCUAAGAGCUCGUGCGUGUGCAUUGUCAGUCCGUAUUGUACGAUUUGCUGCCAUUUUUAGAUUAUAGUUCUUGUAUGUGCGAAAGAAAAAGAUAUAGUUUAGUUUUAAAUAGGUCUAGCCUAUGUCGAUUCUAUCAGCCUUGAUUCUAAGACUUCUCUUAUAAUGCAAGUGGUAUCUCACUGCAGCAAUUUCAUUUGUUAUAUAUAUUAUAUAGCGAAUAAUGCAGCCUUACUGCAUUAUAAUAUGCUCGAGAAUGUGUCGCCACUUGUGCGCUUCUAAUUAUAUUGUUAGUAUAAAUAUAUACACACAUACACAUACCACAAUAAAAUCUGAAGAUAGGAGAUGUGGGAAGAAAAGAUAUGGUUUAGAAAAGAAAUUGUAAUUUACAGAAAUAUAAUUGUGUAUUUGCUUUUGAUAAUGAUACAUCUCAAUAAUAUUAUAGAUCUUAUGUACGACAAUUUACUAGUUAUAUUAAUAAUAAUAAUAAAGUAGAAUCUCUUUUUUUAUGAUUCUAUAUAAUUUGUGUAAAUUAAAACGUGAUCAAAGUAUGUGAUUUUUAUGUCAGUUUUAUUCUUGAAACUUUCUAUCUUUUUCUCACACAUUUCAUAUUUUCAAAUUGUAUUUUAUAUAUGCAUACACACUAUACAUACACACUAUACAUACACACACACACACACACAUUAUAUACAGGAUGUCCAAAAACUAUCAAACUUCCUCUUAAUGGCAGAUUUCUUCAGAACGAAAGAGCAUUUCAGAACGAAAAUCCUAAUAUAAAAAUGUCGAGGUUAUAAUAGUUUUUAAUGGGAAGCAAUUAAAUUUUACGAAUGAGAAGGCUGAGAUUUCGCAAUUUCAGACACAGUGAAAUAACAAAUAAAACAAGUGCUUUAUGAAUGGGGCGCUCUUUUUAUAAAUGUUUUAAGGAAUCUGCCUUAGAGAAAGUCCGGUAGUUUUGAAACAUCCUAUAUAUAUAUAUAUAUAUAUAUAUAU